AUCAGCUAAGAUUACAGGCAUGAGCCACCAGUGCCCGGCCUUUAUUUUUAUUUUUUUUAAACGAUUUUUCUAAAUAUAUGAAAGGCUAGAGUGAUUAUCUUUGGAUGCUAGAAUAAGAGCUGUUUUAUGAACAUUAGAUUUGCUAUGGACAUGCAUUACUUUUAUGAUGAGAAAAUUAUUUAUAAAUUCUUACUUAUGAAAGAUCCUCUAAUAUGGAAUUAGUUUCACACUUGACAUUUUUAGGUGCCUCAUCAUAUGCGAAGAAGUGUUUGGCAGUAUGAGAUGUGGAGUCAUGAUCUUUAUCUGACAUUUCUUACUAGAUUCCUUGCAUUCAGGAUAUUGAUCAAGCGCAGUUCUUGUCCUCAGGCAACCCAUCUGGUGGGAAAGAGACUCUGACACAGUAUGUGGUGAAGACUGAGAGCAGUGAACUGACUACAGUCCUUAAAAAUCCUGUGGUCUCACAGACCUAAGAAACUGAGAAAGAUAGCUGACGUACCUUUGGUAUGGGAGAUUCAGGAAGAAUUCAGGAAAUCUAACACUGUCUAAGUAUGCCCAUAUUUUUAUUUUCCAGGUUUCAGCACAAAAUGAACAUAAUUAGGGAAAAUAAGGAUUUGGCAUGUUUCUAUACAACAAAACAUUCAUGGAGGGGAAAGUAUAAGCGUGUCUUUUCAGUUGGAACCCAUGCGAUUACUACAUAUAAUCCCAAUACCUUAGAAGUAACAAAUCAGUGGCCUUAUGGAGACAUCUGUAGUAUCAGCCCUGUUGGAAAAGGACAGGGAACGGAAUUCAACCUCACAUUUCGUAAAGGCAGUGGGAAAAAGUCAGAAACUUUAAAAUUUUCCACAGAGCACAGAACAGAACUUCUUACAGAAGCAUUGAGAUUUAGAACUGAUUUUUCAGAGGGAAAAAUCACAGGAAGAAGAUACAAUUGCUAUAAGCAUCACUGGAGUGAUACAAGAAAACCUGUAAUUCUGGAAGUAACUCCUGGAGGCUUUGACCAAAUAAAUCCUGCAACCAACAGAGUACUGUGUUCCUAUGACUAUAGAAAUAUUGAAGGGUUUGUAGAUCUCUCUGAUUAUCAAGGAGGAUUUUGCAUACUUUAUGGAGGAUUUAGUAGAUUGCAUUUAUUUGCAUCAGAGCAAAGAGAAGAGAUUAUCAAAAGUGCAAUAGACCAUGCUGGCAACUACAUAGGUAUUUCAUUGAGGAUCAGGAAAGAACCUUUAGAAUUUGAGCAGUAUUUGAAUCUUCGCUUUGGAAAAUACAGCACUGAUGAAUCCAUCACGUCUUUAGCAGAGUUUGUAGUCCAAAAAAUAUCUCCUAGACAUUCAGAACCCGUAAAAAGAGUGCUAGCACUUACAGAAACAUGUUUAGUAGAGCGAGAUCCAGCCACCUACAAUAUUGCAACAUUGAAACCUUUGGGAGAAGUAUUUGCUUUAGUAUGUGACUCAGAAAACCCACAAUUUUUCACCAUUGAAUUUAUAAAAGGGCAAGUUCGGAAGUACUCUUCAACUGAAAGAGAUUCCUUGUUAGCAAGUUUGCUGGAUGGAGUAAGAGCCUCUGGUAACAGAGAUGUUUGUGUAAAAAUGACAGCAACCCAUAAAGGGCAGCGGUGGGGAUUACUCAGCAUGCCUGUGGAUGAGGAAGUAGAGAGUCUUCAUCUCAGAUUCUUAGCUACACCUCCAAAUGGCAACUUUGCAGAUGCUGUGUUCAGGUUCAAUGCUAAUAUUUCAUACAGUGGAGUUCUACAUGCUGUAACACAGGAUGGUCUCUUCUCAGAAAACAAAGAAAAACUGAUCAAUAAUGCCAUAACAGCAUUGUUGUCUCAGGAGGGGGAUGUGGUUGCUUCAAACGCAGAGCUGGAAAGUCAAUUCCAAGCUGUGAGGAGGCUUGUUGCUUCCAAAGCUGGGUUCUUAGCCUUCACUCAGCUUCCAAAGUUUCGGGAGCGUCUGGGAGUGAAGGUGGUAAAAGCUCUCAAGAGGAGCAACAAUGGAGUAAUCCAUGCAGCAGUUGAUAUGCUUUGUGCCCUUAUGUGUCCCAUGCAUGAUGACUAUGACUUAAGACAAGAACAGCUAAAUAAAGCUUCUCUUCUCUCUUCAAAGAAGUUUCUGGAAAACUUACUGGAGAAAUUUAACUCCCAUGUGGAUCAUGGGACUGGUGCCCUAGUUAUUAGUUCACUCUUGGACUUCCUUACCUUUGCCCUCUGUGCUCCAUAUAGCGAGACAACAGAAGGGCAGCAGUUUGAUAUGCUUUUAGAGAUGGUAGCCUCCAAUGGAAGAACCCUCUUUAAGCUCUUUCAGCAUCCUUCUAUGGCCAUUAUAAAAGGAGCUGGAUUGGUUAUGAAGGCAAUAAUAGAGGAAGGUGACAAAGAAAUUGCUACAAAAAUGCAGGAGCUUGCCCUCAGUGAAGGUGCCUUACCUCGACACUUGCAUACUGCGAUGUUUACAAUAAGUUCAGAUCAGAGGAUGCUUACAAAUAGACAGCUAAGUAGACAUUUAGUGGGACUCUGGACAGCUGAUAACACAACUGCAACAAACUUGUUGAAACGCAUUUUGCCACCAGGUCUGUUGGCGUACUUGGACAGCACAGAUGCAGUUCCUGAGAAGGAUGCUGACCGAAUGCAUGUUAGAGAUAAUGUGAAAAUAGCAAUGGAUCAGUAUGGAAAAUUUAAUAAAGUUCCAGAGUGGCAAAGACUAGCUGGAAAAGCUGCUAAAGAAGUUGAAAAAUUUGCCAAAGAAAAAGUAGAUCUUGUAUUGAUGCAUUGGAGGGAUAGGAUGGGCAUUGCUCAAAAAGAGGACAGAAACAAUAUGAAUAUGAAUCAGAAACCAGUAGUUCUUCGAAAGAGAAGACAAAGGAUAAAAAUAGAAGCAAAUUGGGACCUCUUCUAUUAUAGGUUUAGUCAAGACCAUGCCAGAUCAAAUCUUAUUUGGAAUUUUAAAACACGAGAAGAACUGAAAGAUGCUCUGGAAUCUGAAAUGAGAACAUUUAAUAUUGAUAGAGAGCUUGGUAGUGCUAAUGUUAUCUCUUGGAACCACCAUGAAUUUGAGGUUAAAUAUGAGUGCCUGGCAGAAGAAAUCAAAAUAGGAGACUAUUACCUGAGAUUGCUAUUGGAGGAAGAUGAAAAUGAAGAAAGUGGAUCAAUUAAGAGAUCGUAUGAAUUUUUUAAUGAGCUCUAUCAUCGCUUUCUGCUCACUCCAAAAGUAAACAUGAAGUGUUUAUGUUUACAAGCCCUUGCUAUUGUUUACGGCAGAUGUCAUGAAGAAAUAGGACCCUUUACAGAUACAAGAUACAUCAUUGGAAUGUUAGAGAGGUGCACAGAUAAACUUGAACGAGAUAGGUUGAUCCUCUUCCUGAACAAGUUGAUCCUUAACAAGAAAAAUGUUAAAGAUCUCAUGGAUUCAAAUGGAAUUAGAAUCCUUGUGGACUUGCUUACCCUUGCACAUCUCCAUGUGAGCCGAGCAACAGUGCCUCUGCAAAGCAAUGUAAUUGAAGCUGCUCCAGAUAUGAAAAGAGAAAGUGAAAAGGAAUGGUAUUUUGGCAAUGCAGACAAAGAAAGGAGUGGCCCAUAUGGAUUUCAUGAGAUGCAAGAAUUAUGGAUCAAAGGAAUGUUGAAUGCAAAAACCAGAUGCUGGGCUCAAGGAAUGGAUGGAUGGCGACCACUUCAGGCAAUACCCCAGCUUAAGUGGUGUCUGUUAGCCAGUGGACAGGCUGUACUGAAUGAAACUGACCUCGCUACCCUUAUAUUGAACAUGUUGAUCACAAUGUGUGGAUAUUAUCCAAGCAGGGAUCAAGAUAAUGCCAUCAUUCGGCCUUUACCUAGAGUGAAAAGACUGCUAUCAGACAGCACUUGCCUUCCCCAUAUUAUUCAGCUACUGCUGACCUUUGACCCUAUCCUAGUUGAGAAGGUUGCUAUUUUGUUAUACCAUAUCGUGCAAGAUAACCCACAGUUACCUCGUCUCUAUCUAAGUGGAGUGUUUUUCUUUAUCAUGAUGUACACAGGUUCCAAUGUGCUUCCUGUUGCUCGGUUUUUGAAAUAUACACAUACCAAACAGGCAUUCAAGUCAGAGGAGACAAAAGGACAAGAUAUCUCUCAGAGAAGUAUUCUCGGACACAUCCUACCUGAAGCAAUGGUUUGUUAUUUAGAAAAUUAUGAACCUGAAAAGUUUUCUGAGAUUUUUCUAGGAGAAUUUGACACUCCAGAAGCAAUCUGGAGCAGUGAAAUGAGGCGGCUCAUGAUAGAGAAGAUCGCUGCUCACCUUGCUGACUUUACACCUCGUCUUCAGAGUAAUACAAGAGCACUCUACCAGUACUGUCCCAUCCCAGUCAUCAGCUAUCCACAGCUGGAAAACGAACUCUUUUGUAAUAUUUAUUACCUCAAGCAGCUUUGUGAUACACUCCGGUUUCCAGAUUGGCCUAUUAAAGACCCCGUUAAGCUACUAAAAGAUACCCUUGAUGCCUGGAAGAAGGAAGUAGAAAAGAAGCCACCAACAAUGUCAAUAGAUGAUGCUUAUGAAGUACUGAAUCUGCCUCGAGAACAGGGGCUGCAUGAUGAGAGCAAGAUUAGAAAGGCUUACUUCAGACUUGCACAAAAGUACCACCCUGAUAAGAAUCCAGAAGGGAGGGAUAUGUUUGAAAAAGUUAAUAAAGCAUAUGAAUUUUUAUGUACCAAAUCAACAAAAAUCAUUGAUGGACCAGAUCCAGAGAAUAUAAUUUUAAUUCUGAAAACACAGAGCAUCCUCUUCAACCGUCAUAAAGAAGAUUUACAGCCUUAUAAAUAUGCGGGAUACCCUAUGCUAAUUAGGACUAUAACAAUGGAGACUUCAGAUGACCUCCUUUUCUCAAAAGAAUCACCAUUGUUGCCUGCUGCUGCGGAGCUGGCUUUCCACACAGUCAACUGUUCAGCCCUCAAUGCUGAAGAGCUCAGAAGGGAGAAUGGAAUAGAGGUAUUACAGGAGGCAUUUAGUCGCUGUGUGGCUGUCUUGAAUCGCUCUAGUAAACCAAGUGACAUGUCAGUACAGGUGUGUGGACACAUAAGUAAAUGCUACAGUGUGGCAGCUCAGUUUGAAGAAUGCCGAGAGAAGAUCACAGAAAUGCCCGGCAUCAUCAAGGAUCUCUGUCGGGUGCUUUAUUUUGGCAAGAGUAUUCCACGGGUGGCUGCUCUCGGGGUAGAAUGUGUCAGUUCUUUUGCUGUGGAUUUCUGGCUGCAAACACACCUGUUUCAGGCUGGAAUUUUGUGGCAUCUGCUUGGUUAUCUGUUUAAUUAUGACUAUACACUAGAAGAGAGUGGCAUUCAGAAAAGUGAAGAAACAAACCAGCAGGAAGUAGCCAACAGUCUUGCCAAACUGAGUGUCCAUGCUCUAAGUCGCCUCGGAGGGUACUUGCCUGAAGAACAAGCAACCCCAGAAAAUCCAACUGUAAGGAAAAGUUUAGCUGGCAUGUUGACACCCUAUGUUGCUAGAAAGCUUGCUGUGGUUAGUGCUACUGAGAUUUUGAAGAUGCUUAACAGCAACACAGAGAACCCCUAUUUGAUAUGGAACAAUUCUACAAGAGCAGAACUGCUUGAAUUUCUUGAAUCACAACAAGAAAACAUGAUUAAAAAGGGUGAUUGUGACAAAACUUAUGGAUCAGAAUUUGUCUACAGUGAUCAUGCCAAAGAACUUAUUGUGGGGGAAAUUUUUGUUAGAGUAUAUAAUGAAGUCCCUACUUUCCAACUAGAGGUUCCAAAAGCAUUUGCUGCAAGUCUCUUGGAUUAUAUAGGCUCUCAGGCCCAGUACCUGCACACAUUUAUGGCCAUCACACAUGCUGCAAAAGUGGAGUCAGAGCAACAUGGAGACCGCUUACCAAGGGUGGAAAUGGCUUUGGAAGCCCUGAGAAAUGUCAUAAAAUAUAAUCCAGGCUCUGAAAGUGAAUGCAUUGGGCAUUUCAAGUUAAUAUUUUCUCUUCUCCGAGUUCAUGGAGCUGGUCAAGUGCAGCAAUUGGCUUUGGAGGUUGUGAAUAUAGUGACAUCUAACCAAGAUUGUGUCAACAAUAUUGCAGAAUCAAUGGUUUUGUCCAAUUUAUUGGCUCUUCUGCACUCAUUGCCAUCAAGUCGUCAGCUUGUUCUGGAAACUCUUUAUGCUUUGGUGUCAAGUACUAAAAUAAUCAAAGAAGCGAUGGCAAAGGGAGCUCUGAUAUAUUUAUUGGAUAUGUUCUGCAAUUCAACACAUCCACAGGUUCGAGCCCAAACAGCAGAACUUUUUGCUAAAAUGACAGCAGAUAAACUGAUUGGUCCAAAGGUUCGAAUUACAUUAAUGAAAUUUCUGCCUAGUGUAUUCAUGGAUGCUAUGAGAGACAACCCUGAAGCUGCUGUGCAUAUUUUUGAAGGAACUCAUGAAAAUCCUGAGUUGAUUUGGAAUGAUAGCUCCAGAGAUAAAGUGUCCACCACAGUGAGAGAAAUGAUGCUAGAGCACUUUAAAAAUCAGCGGGACAACCCUGAUACAAACUGGAAGUUGCCUGAAGAUUUUGCUGUGGUGUUUGGAGAAGCAGAGGGUGAACUUGCCGUUGGAGGAGUUUUCUUGAGAAUCUUUAUUGCACAACCAGCCUGGGUUCUAAGAAAGCCUAGAGAGUUUCUUAUUGCACUAUUAGAAAAAUUAACUGAGCUCCUGGAGAAGAACAGUCCUCAUGGGGAAACUCUGGAAACUUUGACAAUGGCAACAGUGUGUCUCUUCAAUGCUCAGCCUCAGUUGGCAGAUCAAGUCCCACCUUUGGGCCAUCUUCCCAAAGUUAUCCAGGCGAUGAAUCACAGGAACAAUGCCAUUCCUAAGAGUGCCAUUCGGGUUAUCCAUGCUCUGUCUGACAAUGAGCUGUGUGUUCGAGCUAUGGCAUCCUUAGAGACCAUUGGUCCACUGAUGAAUGGAAUGAAGAAGCGAGCAGAUACUGUUGGUCUGGCCUGUGAAGCAAUUCAUCGAAUGUUCCAGAAGGAGCAGACUGAAUUAGUAGCACAAGCCCUGAAAGCAGAUUUGGUCCCAUACCUCUUGAAGUUGCUUGAAGGCAUAGGUCUUGAAAGUCUGGACAGCCCAGCUGCCACUAAGGCUCAGAUUGUUAAAGCUCUCAAGGCAAUGACUCGAAGCCUGCAGUAUGGAGAGCAGGUGAAUGAAAUCCUGUCUCGUUCUUCAGUCUGGAGUGCCUUCAAAGAUCAGAAACACGAUUUGUUCAUUUCUGACUCACAAACAGCAGGAUACCUCACAGGACCUGGAGUUGCUGGCUACCUUACCGCUGGUACAUCCUCAUCAGUCAUGUCUAACCUGCCACCUCCUGUAGACCAUGAGGCAGGUGACCUUGGCUAUCAAACUUGAAAUUCAAGAGAGAUAAUAAAUGCUGAAAGGCCAGUCCUGAGUCCACAUUCCUCCAGCUGAUACAUUGAAGCAAACUCUUACUGCCUUUCUCCUGGUUUCAUGACAGUGUUAUUCCUUUUUCUAUAAAUAUAUUUUUAUUUAGGAAAAUGUCAGUGAUUCUAAUAGUAUCACGUUGUGAAAAAGCACUCUGGAUCAACCUAAGUGGGUACACAAGAAUUUUUUUUCUUGAUGUAUGUAAGCACAUUUUGUUCCUUUAUAUCUGUUUACAAGACUGUGAAUCAAAAAGACAAAACUUUCUUCCUAGUUUUUAUAAUGUUUUUUUGAAUUAGUAUGACUGUGGGAUUAAGCUGCAGUCUACAGAAAUUGGGCUGAGUCACUCAUCCCCAGCAAAAGGGAGUAUUUCCCUCUCCUGCAUCAAGUCUACAUGGCUGUCUUCCUCCCUCCAUCGAACACUAUUAGGUUUUUGUCCCUGUACCUGUUCACCGGUGUCCUCAAUCAUUAACCUUUUGAGAGCUCACAAUACACAUCUGUAUGUAUAGCUGGCUUCACCAAAUUAAAUGAAGAGGAGCUUGUGCAAAAACAAUUUAAAAAAUUACAAAUGGAUGUCAAGAUGUUAUGUAAGAGAUUAGUGUAAUUGUGAAAUGUUCUAUACAUUAUCAAAUAUAUAAAACUUUCUAUAUUGAAUGUACAUUAUACAGAUCGUUCAUAUGUGUACAUAAAAUUUUAAAAAUAAAGGGAAUUGACUGCUUUGUUAAUGAGA